AUGACUAAACUAUCAAAGUGGCUCAGAGGAAAUCUCAAAGAUAACGUUAAAGAAACAUUUGAAGCGACUAUCGAACAUCUGCUUAAGUUAAAUCCUCCCGAGAAAGUCGAUUUAAAUCUUAAUAAAAUUUUUAGAAUAAAUUUUUUGAUGUCUUCAUUACAAGCUUUGAUGAAAAAUGACGAAUCUGUACAUGAAGGAUACGAAUCUCUAAAUGCGUGGGUUAAUGUUAAUAAUUUUGAGAAAGAGAAGGAGAAAAAUUUAAAGAUUGUUGAGCAAGCUAUGUUCAAAAAAGCUCGUUCCGCACAAACGCAAAACUCAAACAAUAUCGUAAGUGAACAUGAAGUUUCUACAGACAUUAAAGAAGCUCAGAAAAUAAAUCCACUAAAUGGACAGAAAGUAAAAGAAGAGAAGGAGGACGACUUAUCAUCACGAAUUCCACAUAAAUUUUCAUUCUCGGCAUCCAAACAAGGUCCUUACGUGGAACCAAUUUUAGAGCAUGUCGAGAAAGCGCUUUUUAGAUUUGUUGUAAAGAAUCGCGACUACUUCCUUCUGACACAGUAA